AUGCAAGUGAGUGAACAUAUUUAUUUAUUUUAUGUGUGGCCCUGGUGGUUUUCCGUGAGGGCAGGGGCCGCAAAACAUGGUGGUAGGUACCCGGUCGCAGGGGUCCGCAGGGCCCCUUGGAGUGACGGCCCCGGUCGCAGCUGCAACCGCGGUAUGUACGCCAGUGCUAAUAUACAGUUGCAAGAAAAAGUAUGUGAACCCUUUGGAAUGAUAUGGAUUUCUGCACAAAUUGGUCAUAAAAUGUGAUCUGAUCAUCAUCUAAGUCACAACAAUAGACAAUCACAGUCUGCUUAAACUAAUAACACACAAAGAAUGAAAUGUUGCCAUGUUUUUAUUGAACACAGUAUGUAAACAUUCACAGUGCAGGUGGAAAAAGUAUGUGAACCCCUAGACUAAUGACAUCUCCAAGAGCUACUUGGAGUAAGAUGUCAGCCAACUGGAGUCCAAUCAAUGAGAUGAGAUUGGAGGUGUUGGUUACAGCUGCCCUGCCCUAUAAAAAACACACACCAGUUCUGGAUUUGCUUCUCACAAGAUGCAUUGCCUGAUGUGAAUGAUGCCUCGCACAAAAGAGCUCUCAGAAGACCUAUGAUUAAGAAUUGUUGACUUGCAUAAAGCUGGAAAGGGUUAUAAAAGUAUCUCCAAAAGCCUUGCUGUUCAUCAGUCCACGGUAAGACGAAUUGUCUAUACACACACACACACAUAUACAUACACACACAUGUACAUCUUUACUAACCCCUAUCCUUCCCUCCUCCACCUUUCUUCCAAAAAAGCAGACAGGAGCCAGGCGGAGACUAUAAAAAAACGUGGAAACAUAAGAAACAUCUUUGUACAAGGGGUAAAAGUAAUUUUUAGAUAUCUCAGUGUUGAGCGAUAAAUUACGUGACCCCUUUAAUUUUUGCUUUUUUACCUCCAUCCUCUUUACCUUUCUCCCCUGCCCCUCUCACCACUCCUGCUCCUUAAAGUCAGUAACCAUAUCUUAAUUUUUUUGUCUUGAGGACUAAAUAAAUAAAUAAAAAACAUAAAUAACUAAAAAGUCCUCUAUUUUUCUAUCCUCCUCUCUUCUCUUUUCCCAAAUCGUCCAUCUAUUGAUUCCUCUCUUUUUCUUCCAUUCUCUUAUAUCAUUAACAUUGUAUCUCUAUCUUCCAUUCUCUUUCUCCAUGUCCUAUUCGCUUUUAUUGAUUAUGCAGGGGAUUCUGUAACCUUACUUUUCCUUUUGAGCCAAUCUUUAAUUUGUUUUAAGGAAUCAAAAGUCUUAAUUUGACCCUCUGUCAUGAUCUUGAUAGGGUGUCCCCAGGAAUAUUUUAUAUUUAAAUUUCUUAGAGUGCUUGUUACCGUAGUGAAUUUUCUUCUCUGUGAUCUCAAUGUAUCUUUCCUGGUAAAAUAUUUUAUAAAUAAAUUUAGUGCAUGAUAACUACAGUAUAUGAGAGCAGCAAUGGAAAAGAGAAAUAGAGAUGCUGGGAAAGGAUGGGGAGAGUGAAAUUAAGGGCUUGUGGAAAGACAGGGGUUGUAGGAUGAAAAGACAGAGAUAAUCAAGAAUGAUGAUCUCACCCACGGAGGUGGCGCUGUAGAAAAGAUGAGUUUAAACACUGUUUCAGAGCAAUAUAAACAGACAUUAUAGUGUCAAAGUGGAUAACCAAACCCUACAACUUCCCUUAGAUGUAGCAAAUGCCUUUAACAAUUAUUUUGUCGGAUGCUCCAUUGCCCUGAUUGCCAAGCUAAUAAAUGACACGCAUCCUGAAACUACAAAUGUGGAUCAGACCCCACUAAAUUUGCAAAGGCCCAAUAUAGACAAGUUCAUUUUUAGACCUGUACCUAUUAGUGUCAUUAAAAAAAUGCCUUAAUAAUCUAAAAAUGAAAAACCAGUCUAGACCUGAUCAAAUCCCAGCAAUGCUUUUGAAGCUCAAUGCGCCGGCAAUUGCUAAACCUGUCAUAACCCUAAUUAACGAAUCUUUGGUGUCUGGAUACAUACCCAAACUUUGGAAGACUGUGAGAGUAGUGCCUAUCCAUAAAAGUGGUGACACUAUUUUGGUUUCUAACUAUCACCCAAUAUCAUUGCUCCCAGUAUUGUCAAAAAUCUUAGAAAAAUGUGUCCAAACUAUGUGAGUAUUAACAACAAUCAAACUAUCUGACCCCUGAUCAAUCGGGCUUUCGCCAGAAUCACUCCACUACAACUGCCCUCUUAAAAGUUUGCAAUGACAUCCAAACUGGCAUUGAACAAGGAGACCUAACUGGAGCUAUUUUCCUUGAUUUUGCAAAGGCCUUUGACACAGUAGACCACGACAUUCUGCUGCACAAACUCAGGUAUUGGUGAUUGUUCGCUAACCUGGUUUCGAUCGUAUGCAUCGGAUUGCUCGCAAUAUGUGUCCAUUUCUGACAGCGGCUCCCUCCCUCUCCCAGUCACAUGUGGUGUUCCCCAAGGUUCCAUUCACGGCCCCCUACUAUUUACAUUAUUUAUAAAUGAUCUGUCUAAUGUCUGCAAAUCCUCAAAUGUACACAUGUACGCAGAUGACACAGUAAUCUAUGCAAGCAAAUCUGAUCUACCGCAGCUUGAGGCUGUGCUCCAAGACCAGUUAACAGAGGUAGAAAAGUGGAUCACAAUAAACAAACUCUUCCUAAACACUGACAAAACUGUCACAAUGAUCUUUGGAACAGUACCUAAAUUACACAAUUUCCACCUAUCCAUCAAAACAAAUUCAAAUAGCACACUGACCACAGUCCACUCUUUCAAAUACUUGGGUAUGUUGUUAGACCCCAAUCUAUCUUUUUGCCUCUACAUAGAGAAACUUGCAUCUAAACUUUAUGCAAAACUGGGUGCCCUGUACAGAAACAAAUCCUGCCUAAGCCCUACAGUAAAGGAAAAGAUUGCACUGCAAAUGCUGAUGCCAAUCAUUGAUUAUGGGGAUGUAGUAUAUGCAUCUGCACUGCUAUCCCACAUUACUAAACUCAGUACAUUGUAUAACUCGUUCUGCCGCUUUGUGCUACAAUGUAAUUACAGGACCUACCAUUGUCACAUGCUAAAAGAACUAAACUGGCUGUCGCUGGAAUCUAGACGCACCCUUCAUCUUUCCAGCCUUGUGUGUAAGAGCUUUUCUGGGAAACUCCCACCCUACCUGAGCAAAAUGUUCUCCACGGCUGUUCCCACCUCGUAUAACCUCCGAUCCAGUACCAGCACUUUAUUUAGUCUACCUCAAUACAAAAAGAAAGCAGCCCGAUCCGCCUUCUCCUACAGAGCGCCGCACACUUUAAAAUCUUCCCCAAGCCUAAAGUCCUUUAAGAGAUCCCUCUCUACAUACCUCAAAAGAGAAUGCACGUGUCAUGGUUGAUUAUAUAUUUCCUACCCGUUCUAUGUUAAAUUUUGUAUAUAUUGUGUAUUAAUAUUGUUUUUGUAUUUUAUUGUACCAUCAUUUAUCAAUGCAAUGUUUUGUGAACCCAGGACAUAUUUGAAAACGAGAGAAAUCUCAAUGUAUCUUUCCUGGUAAAAUAUUUUAUAAAUAAAUAAAUAAUACUGACACUAUAUGCAAAAAAGCACAUUCAUCCAUCCAGACAAUAAAAUACUGCAUUCACACAGAUUUUACACAAUCAAAUAAAAACAGGUCUUCACAAUGUACACAUCCAAAGGAAUACAGUAUUACAUGAAAGUUACAUUUAACGUUUAAAGGGUCAGUUUAGGCUACUUAAGGCACGAUAACAACUUCAUCUAACUAAAGCUGCUAUAGUGCCAGGAAGCCCCUGGGCAACCUCUCACCUUUAGGGGUUAAACUUUACUCAGACGGUUAAACCUCAAAGUUGCAUCCAGCGCCAAAUUCCACUCAUCCCCUGGCAGCAUCUGGCACGUUGUGCCACUGGCCAGGUGACGCUCUCAGCCAAUCAGUGACUCCCUAUUCACUAAACUGGCUUGAAUGCCACCUAGGUGAGGUAUCGGAGAUCAGUGCUGGAGGCAACUUUGGGGUUAAAGAGUACAAGAUUGGUUUAAUCUCUGAAAGUGCCCAUUCAGAUUAGGUUAUCAUGGGGCCCGGUGUGCCUUCAGAGGGCCUGGGAUCUAAAUUUGUUCAGGGACCCCAAAGGCUGUCAGUCUGCCCUUGACAACAAUGCCCAAUGUACAGGUUUGCUGUGGAUUUUGUUAGUUACAGGACCACAUGUGACCUCCAUGCCUCAUACAUAAAAAUCUCAUAUUUGAAUAAACUGGAGUGUGAAUUCCAGAGAGUAUUCGAGGUUUAGUAGCUAACCUAACCCGUCAUCUUUAGGCCAAUCCCAUCCCACCCCAUGUAACAUGUAACAGGAGGUCACUCCGCAUGUCUUCCUAUCCUGUGCGGCUCCUUAGCAUGCUUACACACUGUGAUUGUACGCGAAGGUUUCAAUAAAGUUUUAUCACAUUUGCAGCGUGAUGACGUAAACUGUGUGCGCCCACUGUAGCUGAAGUGUGGAUGGAAAGCGUUCCCACGUGUUCAGGACCCAGACGGCAAGACACGGAUCCCUGGUCGUAGGCACACAGGUAAAGGGUCGCAGCCACAGAAAUAAAGCUCGUGCGCGGUAUGGAUAGCGCUUUUAUCAUGUGAACAUCCUGUUAAAGCUAGAUUGCCCGGCAAGUCAUCCACAAUUUUGCGUAGGGGGAUAUUUUUCCAGCAUGUGUAUAUAUAUCUCGAUAUUUUCUCUGAAGAAAGCGCUAAUUCUGCGAUUUAAAACUCCCCAACUAUAUUCGUUAACAAACAUCUUCUAGUGAGUGGUAUCUGUCUUUUUACAAUGGCAAUAUCCCUGUAUUAUACACUAGGAAAUGCUAUGUGUGUGUAACUUUUUAUUUAUAUAUAUAUAUAUAUAUAUAUAUAUAUAUAUAUAUAUCUCCUGUUAAAACGAGUGUUAUUAAAUCAAUAUAAACAUAGAAACAUAGAAUGUGACGGCAGAUAAGAACCAUUCGGUCCAUCUAGUCUGCCCAAUUUUCUAAAUACUUUCAUUAGUCCCUAGCCUUAUCUUAUAGUUAGGAUAGCCUUAUGCCUAUCCCACGCAUGCUUAAACUCCUUUACUGUGUUAACCUCUACCACUUCAGCUGGAAGGCUAUUCCAUGCAUCCACUACCCUCUCAGUAAAGUAAUACUUCCUGAUAUUAUUUUUAAACCUUUGUCCCUCUAAUUUAAGACUGUCCUCUUGUUGUGGUAGUUUUUCUUCUUUUAAAUAUAGUCUCCUCCUUUACUGUGUUGAUUCAUUUUAUUAAUCUGUACACAUGGAUGACGUAAAGUCAUCACUGCCAGGCUUUGAAUAAAGAGUAUACUUGAAAAUAUUUAAAGGGACUGCACCAUAACUGCUACAGCGCUCCCAAUAUUCUGCCAAACUUCCCAUUAAUGUCCCGUUACAAACUACAAUCAAUGCGGUUGCAAGGUUCAUAUUCCAUAUUCCUGCCUGUCCACACCAACCAAGCCUCACACCCUGUCAGUGCUUACAUUGGUUUCCUGUAAUAUUUAGGGUUCAAUUUAAGAUUAUGGCGGUUCCUUAGAAAUCUCUACAUAAAGCUAUGUUCCGUCCAGAUCACAAUAUGCUGAAGAUCUACGUCUAUACUCUGUUCAUACUUGCACCCCUGAUGCCCUCCUUUUAAAGGACCACUAUAGUGCCAGGAAAACACUCUUUCCUGGCACUAUAGUGCCCGCCUUGUGGGUGCCCCCACCCUCAGUGUCCCCCUCCCGCUGGGUUCUGGGGAGAGGAAGGGGUUAAAAUCUUACCUUUCUCCAGCGCCGGGUGGGGAGCUCGCCUCCUCUUCGGCUAAAUGCGCAUGCGCGGCAAGAGCUGCGCGCGCAUUCAGCCAGUCUCAUAGAAAAGCAUUCAUAAUGCUUUCCUAUGGACGCUUGCGUCUUCUCACUGUGAUUUUCACAGUGAGAAGCACGCAAGCGCCUCUAGCUGCUGUCAAUGAGACAGCCACUAGAGGCUUUAGAGGCUGGAUUAACCCAUUUAUAAACAUAGCAGUUUCUCUGAAACUGCUAUGUUUAUUUAAAAAAAAUGGGUUAACCCUAGCUGGACCAGGCACCCAGACCACUUCAUUAAGCUAAAGUGGUCUGGGUGCCUAGAGUGGUCCUUUAAGAAUUCUCUAGGGCUGCGCCAUUCCUGCUCAGUUAAAAUCUCAACUGUGUUGUCCAGAUAAAUACUUAAUCUCACCACAUUUGCUUAUGCUAAUAUAAAAAGUUGUCAAUAUAGGGUGUAUUUUAAAGAUCUGUCAUCGUUGUGUGCUAUGUUUGUCGCACUAACAUGCAUUUUUGGGCACAUAUCACUUCACCAUGUUGACCAUAAACACAUGAAAACUGCUGCCCUGCAUUUUAUAGAAUGCAAAGGCUAUGGGAUUAGAUCUCUGAUUAACCUCCUAUAGCAUUUAAAAUUUGUCGUCAUAAACACUUGCAAGUGCUGUUUAUCCAUUAAACCUAGUGGAUCUGACAAUGUGUAUUAAGAAGGGCUCGUGGUGCAAAUGUGAAUCCUUAUUAAUUAAAUUAACAUAUAUAUCACAUUCAUGUAAUAUUACCUUAAUUCCAUCACUGCCAAGUGAUUUGUGGAAAUACAAAACCCACCACCAGAAUCUAUUGUAGGUGUCCUGGAAUGUAAUGUUUAAAUAUAUUUUUCGUUUCAGUAUGUAUAUGUAUCGCAUUACCAUGUCAUUGCCCAUAUUAGAUCGCCAUCACAUUGCAGCCAUGUUGCCUUCUUGGUCACAUGGACACACAAAUACACACUGAUAAAUGUACACACAGUCACAGUGUGUAUUUAGUGGGGUGUGUGUCAGGUAGUUAGUGGGGUGGGUGCUGCUUGUAAUGUGCUAUAUGUAUACAGGGGAAUGGCUUGAGGGCUUCAUAUGUCCAUUGUGUUUAUGACAAAGUUGUGUGUGCGUGUAUGUUGGAAGUGGUGUCCCUUAUAACAUUCUCUGCCUAAGAGCACAGCCCUAAGCAGGCAAGUUUAGGUUAACUACAAACUUCUGGCAGCAGGACCUAGGUAAUUUGUCAACUGAAGAAGUUUGUCUACCUUGGGAGGAUGCGAGGGCACUCCUACAACCAUAAUCGCUGCUGUAGUGGUUAUGGUGUUAGCGUUCCUUUAAAAUGAUUAGUAUGCAAAAUAGGCAUACUUUUAGGCAAAAUAUAAAAUAGGCAAAAUAGUAUAGGCAAAUAGAGUUGCAGUUUAAUAUUAUUUACAAUUUAGUCCGUGCAUAUGACGAUUAAUUCUUGGUACGAUGCGUAAUCUGCCUACAGUGGUCAAUAUCGCCCCCAUCAUGUCCAUUUUAAUGUUUUUUAGGUUUACUGCUCCUUUAAAAAAUGCCAACUUAUUUUCCAGCUUAAUAGCCUGCUUCAUUAAUAUUCCAGAGCUCACACUGUUGCAGUGUUGAUGCAUUUCAUAUAAUUUCCAUCUUUUCUUUAACACAUUUUCUUUUUUGCACUUGUUAGUCUGUGUGUAGUGGUGAUGCUCAAUGACUUAUAACAACAAACACUGAUUUAGUGUUCUUUGUUUCUUUUCUACUAGAAUGUCUUUCAGAGGGAGAGGAGGUUUUAAUCGAGGAGGUGGUGGCGGCGGCAGUUGGGGUGGAAGAGGAGGAGGUGGUGGCCGAGGUGGCUUUGGAAGAGGAGGAGGACGUGGAGGAUUCAACAGAGGGGGAUUCAACAGAGGAGGAUAUGACCAAGGACCCCCUGAAAGUGUUGUUGGUAUGUGAGAUGCUUGAUUUUUUUUUUUUUUUUUUUUCACCUUGGUUAUUCUAUUAAUUUUACCUCUGUAAGGUGUGCUCGUGCAUUACCCACAUACUUGGCAGUUUGAUAUUCCUGAGCUUCCGAAGACUCAAGCUUGUAAUUAACACAAUGCUGAUUUGUAUGUGUGUUGCAGUGGCCGGGGAGUUUGUGCAUCCUUGUGAAGAUGAUGCAGUAGUGAAAUGCACCACAGAUGAAAACAAAGUGCCUUACUUCAAUGCUCCCAUCUAUCUGGAGAACAAAGAACAAAUUGGAAAAGUGGAUGAAAUAUUUGGACAGCUCAGAGACUUUGUAUCCUAUACAAUCACAUUUAUUUUACACUCAUGGGGUUUUUCUUUAAGGGGUUUUAGGAUUUUUGUAAGGGUUUUUAAAAAAUAAUAAUUUCUGCAGUAAAUUAUUUGCUAACAGUUUCCCGACGACCCAAAGGAGCACUGCUUUCAUGUUUAUCUGUACCUGCUUUGCUUCACGUGGCUUAUUAACCUUCUCCUAUCACCCAAGGAAUACUGUCUAAAGCUGGGAUAGGUUGAUGUGAUAAUGCAGAAGAAUGAAUUUGCAUUAUUUCAUAUUACCUCAGACCGUUGGGCUUUCUGGUGCCCACCCAACACAGCAAGGUAAGUAUCAAGCUGUUUGUAAACAGUUUAACACUUUACUGUAGUAUGGCACCUCUUGACUUCUGACACCUUAACCACUACACACUGUGGUUAUGGUUUUAGAGUACCGGAGGGCUAAUAUUAAUGAGGGUUGGUGAGCUACUGACAUAGGAAGGCAGAGAUCCUGGUGCAUUUUAAGAAUUGGCAGGUAGCCUAACAACUUCUGUAGGGUGAGGAAUGGGAGUAGUAUGAUGUAGAUUUCUCAAAUUAGAAGAAAGAUAUGUUUAGCAUAUGGUGGCAGUACACAGGUGGGUUGUACUUCCAUAUGCUGGGACAAGUAGCCUUUCUCAAAUGGUUUCCAUUCUUUAUAUUCCUUAACACAUUUUCAGUAUUUUUCUGUAAAACUGUCUGACAAUAUGAAGGCAUCUUCGUUUAAGAAGUUACAGAAGGUAAGAGAUCUACAUUCUUGUUACAGUGCUAGUUAUUGAGUACAAUGAGGUGAGCAUGCUUUCUUAUCUCAACAAUUUCUCCAUAAUCUUGAGCCAUAACCCAUUCAUUGAUAUUUGGUGUGGUCCUCCAUCUGUUACAUUUUUAAAUAAUGCAAACCGCAGCUGAAUAUAUUUUAAUUUUAUUAUGAACCCCGUAAACCUAUUUGAUUCUAUGUCUAUAUUUUGUGGGCUUUCAUUAAAAAGUUUUUUUUUUUUUAAUAUUGCCUGACCAAAUUAACAUAAUAGGAAUACAAACCUAUAUUCCUAACGUUAGUGAUCUACUCACUAUUUAGAAGUGUCCCCUCAACAUGUCAAAUUACAUUUUCCUGCAGGCAUAUUCUCUUCACCUGCUUGCCCAAUCCAAGGCAUCUAAUGGGAAAACACUGGGGACAAGAAGUAUGUGAGCGGCACGUGCCAUGCUCCUACAAUCAAAUGCUUUUCAUAGAGCAGCACUGAAUCCAAUGCUUAUCUAUGAUAAGCAUAAGAGGAUAUCAUCGUGCUAAUGCAACGCGUGAGGACAUUAAGCAUCACAGAACCAUAUGUGACUCAGUUGCAGAGAGUACAGCCCAAAAUCUGCAAACUCUUGUAAUGCUGUGUUUUUUCUGCUACAUGUAUAUUUCAGCUUGCAGUUCAAAAAGGUGACACAAUUUGCCUGGUAAAACCAAACAUGCACUUUGUACAAUGCAAAACUUUUAUCCUAAUACCACUAUUGAAGCUGAUAAACGUUUUACACACAGUGGUGCUGCAGCGUAGAGUAGGCUGUUAGAGAUUCAUUAUUCUGUAUUGCUUUUCUUAUUACUGCUAUUAGCAUUUUUGUAUAGCAUUCUGCAGCACUUUACAAACUAUAUAAAGGGAAUAUUUAGAGGUGAUGAAAGCCUUGCUCAAACAAGCUUACAAUCUAUGAUAUAAUUACAAAGUGCAGCUGGAAGCAGUGCCUUGGCAGAUUGGUUGAGAGUGUUGGGGGAUAAGCUAGGUCAGCGUCCUCAGAUUCAGUAUCACUACUCAAGUGUGACAAAAUUGGCACGGAUAAUGUGGAAGUAUAAAUUCUGCGUUAUUAAAUGCAGUUUUGAAGAAUUCAGCCUUGAUGCCAGCACUGUAUUCUUGGGUAUGCGCCAUAGACUGAGGUCAUGCCAAAUCAUGGAAUCCUCCAUAGACAGAUCCUUUUCCUCUCAGCUGUCAGUGUCGGCUGGAUUUUGACAAGCCUCCACUUUUCUGUCAAACGGAGAAAAUAAGACAAAGUAAAUGGAAUUUGAGUGAAAUUCCAGCACAGUCAAUGUUAGUAUUUUCCUAAAGAUAUUAUUUUUAUGAAACACUCAUUUUGCGAGGCAGGGGUGUGACAGAGCCACUUUAAGUAAAUUUAACAAUUCCUUGCUUUCAGAGGUAAUCUAUUGCGUGUGGAUGAUUCAACAACAAUAUGUAUGCAUUUUGUUUUGCAGUUUUACAUUGAUCCAGCAAAGCUGCUUCCAUUGCAGAGGUUCCUUCCUCGUCCUCCAGGUGAAAAAGGACCACCUCGUGGUCGAGGCGGAAGAGGAGGUAGAGGAGGAUUUGGAGGUGGCAGAGGAGGAGGUAGAGGAGGAUUUGGAGGUGGCAGAGGAGGAGGAUUUGGAGGUGGAAGAGGAGGUUUGUCUUUUAAUAUUUUAAUAACGAGCAAAUAGUCAGAUUACAAAAAAAAACAAUACUUAACUAGUUUUCACAACUAGUUUUUCAUUUUUGUCCUAGCUGAAUUUCGGUCUUUCAAAAACAGUCAACUGAAAACUAAAGGAGAAUCUUCUUGUAUAGUGUGUGUGUGUGUGUGUGUGUGUAUAUAUAUAUAUAUAUAUCUAUCUCUAUAUCUAUAUAUAUCUAUCUCUAUCUCUAUAUAUAUAUAUAUAUAUAUAUAUAUAUCUAUAUCAAAAACUAUUUUAUCAGUUAUGUGAAAAUUUGGUUCUUAAAUCUGCAUAAUAAAAUAAGUUACAAUACAGAAUAUUGUUAGCACAAAUCUUUCUGACCAAAGAUCAUUUUGGAGCCCUAUAGAGCUGUUGGGUAAACACUAUUUCCGAGGUAAAUUAGGGACUUUGUUGACGAGUACAGUGAUGGGAGAGCUACCAGGGGGAGGGUGGUAUCCAAGCAAGGUGAAAAUUGCUUUUACAAAAAAUAACAUCACUUUUGGUUGUAAAUUUCAACAUUUUUCCCCAUAUAGGUAAAAUAAAGCAUCCAUAUCUUAACUUUGGUGUUUAUAAACCACACUCUUAGUGCUUUGAACCAUCCUUCUUUCAUGCGUUUUAUUCGCAUUGAGUUAAAAUUGCUGCUAGCUUAUAUAAGCUGGGGAAGGGAAAGAAUAUGGUAAGAGUGUUGUUUAAUUAUGUCAGCAUACAGCUAGGUGUUUGUUUUUUCAUUGUCCAUACUUUGAAGAUUAGUCAGGCAGUGAAGAGGUGGACACUUCCUGUGCAGCAGUAAAUAGUAUGCUGUUCGGUUUCUUAUGGGUAAAUGACCAUAAUGAUUAUUUUUACAUCUAAAGAGUGCAAACAAAUAAACUAGCAGGUUCUUAUCCACUUAAAGGGAUACUCUGAGUACCAAAACAAAUUAAUCUCAAUGGCCACACAUUGUGUGUAAAUAUGUGCAUUUGUCCUUUACUUGGGGUGGGCAGCCAGUGAUGGGAUGAGAGCAUUGAAUGAUGCUCAGUCAAUCACUGAUAUUAAUCCUUGCAAAUGAGCCAGAGAACUGCAGACCUUGGGCUACGUAUACAUCUAAAGAGCUUCUUAAAGGACCACUCUAGGCACCCAGACCACUUCAGCUUAAUGAAGGGGUCUGGAUGCCAGGUCCCUCUAGUAUUAACCCUUUUUUUUUAUUUUAUAAACAUAGCAGUUGUUUUAAAAACUGCUAUGUUUUCUAAUAGGGUUAAUCCAGCCUUUAAAGCCUCUAGUGGCUGUUUCAUUGACAGCCGCUAGAGGCGUUUGCGUGCUUCUCACUGUGGAAAAAAAAAGUGAGAAGACGCCAGCGUCCAUAAGAAAGCAUUAUGAAUGCUUUCCUAUGAGACAGGUUGAAUGCGCACGCACUCCUGCCGCGCAUGUGUAUUCAGCCGAAGAGGAGGAGAGCUCCCCGCCCGGCGCUGGAGAAAAGGUCCAUCCAGCCGGGCGGGAGGGGGACCCUGAGGGUGGGGGUACCCUCAGGGCACUAUAGUGCCAGGAAAACGAGUAUGUUUUUCUGGCACUAUAGUGGUCCUUUAAGUUAUGGUUCCAGACGUUACUUUUAAUAUGUUACGUAAGACCUAUUCAGGCGUUAUUCACUAAAGUGAGAUUUCAUGGUGCAUUGUUUAAUUCUUAUGCUUGUUUAUAUAUCCUUUUUGGUUGCUUUUUGUAACUGUCUCUCUUCUAUACAGGUGGCUUCAGAGGUGGACGUGGUAGUUUUGGUGGUGGCGGCGGUGGUUUCAGAGGUGGCAACCGUGGUUUCCGAGGCAAGUGAUUUUGAAUUUAACUUUUUAUAGAAUCAAGACUUGGUUAAUGAUUUGAGGUAUUUUUAUUGUACAUCACCUGCGGCUGAAAGCGGUCUUACAAAUUAUUGAUCAUUUAUGAGGACAAAUAAGCAAUAACCAUCUACUCCUUCUGCAAUAUUCUUUACUUAUGCACUAAUCUCAAAAUAGUGGAGGAUACUACUUUAAAUGACACAUAAUUAGAAAUGAAAGAAUUUUGGCAGAAGAAAAGUAUGAUAAAACAACUUUGAUUACUAAAUACAUUAAAAUAAUCUACUAAUGUAAUUAGUAUAGUUUUAACAUACUUUUCUCUGCCAUCAUCUCUACUUCCCAAGUUUAUAAACAUUGUUUGCUGUCGGCAAAUAGUAAAUCUUAAAAAUAUAGAUAUAUUUACUCUUUAAUGGUUAUGAAUGAGAUUUCUACCAAAGUUAAAAUGUGAACCUUCAGCUAUAUACAAAGACUUAUUCACUAAACUGGCCGUUGUGACAAAUGAGCUAUAUGGUGCUUUUGCCUAAAAAUUGCGUUUUCCAAUCCAAUGUCAAUAGUUCCUGGUGGAGUCAAUAACUCUCUAAACAUCACUUACAGAAAAAAUAACACUUGAUAUUUUUAACUAAUCCAGCAAAGUUUUAGGCAACAUUUCUGAAAUAUCAAAGUGGAUAAAUAACAGUGAGUGCUUGUGAAACUAAGCCUGGCCAUCCACUUAACAUUUUAAGUCUAUCAGUGGGCAAAGGCCAGCAUAAUACUAACUGGUCACGUGCAUUCAAUAAACACAAAACUUUGUGUUGAAAGCUAAAUUGCAAAAUUUUGGUUAAAAUAGCCAGCUAAUUUCUCUGAAUUUUGCAAUUUUAUUUGCUAUUCAAUGCAAUUUGUAUUUGGUAUUUCAUAAAUAAACAGCUUAGUUUAAGUCCUUGUCAUCAAAGCCUACCAUAUUCUAUGCACCUAUAGUGCCUUGUUUGUGUCUUAAAAACCACUACUAAGUAUACUGUAUAAAAAAAAAAUGUAUAUGUAUGUUUAGGAGACAAACUCUAAUUUGUAUCUUCUUUUUUAAAGGAGGUCGGUAA